AUGCUUGGUACUUGCUUCUAUAGUUCCGAUUUCAACAACCUUCGGUUGGAAAAGUUCGUCGAAGAUCAUCCAGAUGACUAUGAAUGGGUAUCUAAUGAUGAUGAAGAAGAGUACGAUUAUGAAGAAAAAAUUGAAGAAGAAGCUGUUUACGAAUAUUUCAAAGUAGAGGCUAUCGAAGACGCACCAGUGAAGGCACUGAUGUCUGACAAACUAGCUUGUAGAAAUAUCACUCGAAACAUUAUCAUUGCCCCAAAUGUUUACUUUUCAUAUGUGCUGUGUCACACCAUGUCGUGGAUUGCUAUCAUGCUCCCAUAA